AGUUAUAGCCAUUUUGUCUCGCGCACUCACAUGGAAUCAUCUGAGUCCAUAAAACACUUUCAAUAAUUGUCAUCCAUUUGUCAUACAUUUAAAUGGUCAAUAUCUGCCAAUACAGUAAACAGACGUUUCACUAACAUAUCUCAUUAUGGAGUAUAUCACGCUUUUAAGAUGAUUGAUAAUUGAUUGAAUUGGUCAAUUCAUAAUCGUGUAAAAAAGUUGGUCUCUUGUCACAGCAGAUGCAUUGUGGGUAACCUGCCAUUUUAACCCAAUAUAGGACUCCAUUCUGUUGUGUGAACAACGCAAUAAAUAAGGACACGAGACGAGUUUCAUAUUUUUAACUGUUGUAAUCAAGGUGAUUUGAAGGAGCCAUGGCCCGUACCAAGCAGACAGCCCGUAAAUCUACUGGAGGCAAAGCCCCACGUAAGCAGCUGGCCACCAAAGCUGCCCGCAAGAGCGCCCCUUCUACUGGUGGGGUCAAGAAGCCCCAUCGCUACAGGCCUGGUACAGUGGCCCUGCGUGAGAUCCGUCGGUACCAGAAGUCCACUGAGCUGCUGAUCCGCAAGCUGCCCUUCCAGCGUUUGGUGAGAGAAAUUGCUCAGGACUUCAAGACUGACCUGCGUUUCCAGAGUGCAGCCAUUGGAGCUCUGCAGGAGGCCAGCGAGGCAUACCUUGUUGGUUUGUUUGAGGACACCAACUUGUGCGCCAUCCAUGCCAAGCGUGUCACCAUCAUGCCCAAAGACAUCCAACUGGCCCGUCGUAUCCGUGGGGAGCGCGCUUAGAUGCCUCCCUAAUUUACGUGUCCUCAGGCUGUCUUUCCCUCCCCACUUUUCCUUUUAAGUAGCUUGAUUUCAGUAAUGAUGUGAUAAAAGUAGUGUGCAGUCUUGUCCCCCUUAGUUCUCUUAGCAGAAGACUUUUAGGGUACUUUGUGUAUCAUGUAUCUGUUUUGAAGCCGAUUGGAGUCACACCUUUAAUGUGUGUGCAAAUCGGCACGGCAAAGGGUGCAUGCACGAAGCAUCUUGGGCAAGCAUUUUCUCCUAUUGACGAUGCUAUUACAUUAUUAUAACAGGCUUUUCUAAUUGAUAGACUUGCAUUGGUUUUUUACAUGUACCCUUUCAUUUGUUUUUUUACAACUAGUGUUUCUACUGUUUACAGGAUGCAUUUACAAAUAGUUAAUUUUGUUCUGAAAUUGAUAAAUGACAUUGAUUCAAAACAUUGCAAAGGCCUAUAUGUAGCGUAAUGUUUAUGUAUUUCUCCCAUGUUUUAUCCAGGUAAUAUUUUAGUUCCUUUCUCAGGUUGUGAUACCCUUUUCUUACUGGUUUUGAUUUUAAUUUUCUGUUAAUUUUUUUUAAGCAGACAUUUGUAAUGUCCAGAAUUCUCACAAAGGUGAUAAACUGAUGUUCCACAACUGGUUUAGUAAAGUGAUUGACCUACACAAAGUACUGAGUUGCAUGCUGCUGGCAAUGGUAUUUUACUCAAUUUGUACUUUAAAAAGAGUUUUUCAUAUUUGGUCAUUUGAAGAACUGUCAUAUUCAUUGGAAAAAGUACCCAUUUUUACUUGUAACAAUGCCUUUAAUAAAAAAUGACAGGUGAGUCACCAGUAAAA